AUGGAGCAAGACAUCAUUUACACCCCAGAAAGAUCGACAGAGAUGGCUAGUGAUCCCGAGAAGGCCAAUUCGACAGACAAUGCCAGCGAGAAAUCUAGUACAGAGCAGAGGAAGUUUCAUGGGAUUCGCUGGUUCUUUAUCUGCGCUUCCCUCUUCGUCACCACCUUCCUCUAUGGCCUCGAUACAACCAUCACGGCGGCUGUCCAAGGAGACGUAAUCAAGUCUUUUGGUAACAUUGAGCAAUUGGCCUGGAUAGGAGCCGGAUUCCCUCUUGGCUCCGUAGCAGUGAUAUUCCUGAUGGGAUAUCUGUACAACGCCUUCAACAUGAAAUGGAUGUUCGUCAUCACCGUGGCGUUAUUCGACAUUGGUUCGGCCCUAUGUGGCGCCGCCCCCAGCAUGGCGGCGUUAAUUGUUGGCCGUGUUAUUGCUGGAGCCGGGGGCACAGGCAUCUAUCUCGGCUCGUUGAACUAUAUGACGGCCUUGACGACCCCGCAAGAACGUGGGCUCUACACAACCUUGAUCGGGUUCUUCUGGGGAGUCGGUGCUAUAUUGGGACCUGUUGUGGGAGGCGCAUUUGCUAUUUCCUCGGCCACUUGGCGUUGGGCGUUCUAUUUGAACUUGGUUAUCGGAGCAGUUGCUACACCCGGCUAUAUAUUCAGUCUCCCACCUGUUCACCCCAUGCCUGGAGUUAGCAUCAAACAACGUCUUCUCGAUAUUGACAUUGUAGGGUUCAUACUUGGAAGUGGAAUGUGGGUGUCUUUCCUCUUGGCACUUACAAUGGCCGGUGGGCAAUGGCUGUGGAACGACGGCCGCACUAUCGCAACAUUUGUGGUUUUUGGUGUCGUACUGGUCUUGUACGGUCUGCAACAGUACUAUUCCUGGUUCACAACUCCCACCAAGCGCUCAUUUCCAGUUAAUAUUCUGGGAGAGCGUACCCAGGUACUAUUGUACAUCGGAACUUCGGCUUUCAUUACCGCACUCUUCGUGAGCAUCUUUUACAUUCCGCUGUACUUUCAAUUUGUCCAGAAUGACACUAGUCUGACCGCAGCUAUACGCCUAUUACCUUUCAUCGUCGUGACGGCGACCACGAGUGUAGUGUCGGGGCACUUCGUCGGCCGCAUCAGAGCUUAUGUGCUACUUUUCCUCGCGUCCUCCCUGUUUUUGAUAGUUGGUGGAAGCUUGUUGGUGGUUUACCUGACCCCUAAAGCUCAGACAAGCCUUAUCUACGGAUUGACGGUCCUUGUUGCCUUCGGUUGCGGGCUUUCAAUGCAAAAAAGCUAUUCUAUCGCUCCGCUGACUACAGACCCAGCGAACGUAGGUCCUGCGCUCAGCGUACAAAAUGUGGCAGAGAUUGGAGGCCAGGUCAUCGCGCUGGGCAUAUCUGGCCAGAUCUUCCACUCCGUUGCCAUCAGAAAGCUCUCGGCAGCGCUCGCGGGCCAGGGGUUCUCCAGAGAGGACAUCAUGACUGUGCUAGCUGGUGCGCAAAGCUCUCUCUUCGCUGAACUAGAUGAGAGAUCGCGCGUCGCCGCUGUCUCUGCGAUCACGAACGCGUUGCAGUUGACAUUCAUACUUGUACCUAUCGGCGGCGGCGUCAUGCUGAUCGCUUCGUUGUUUAUGAGAUGGGAGAAGCUCUAUUGA